AUGGCUAUUUCGGAUUAUGUAAGAGCGGUACAAAAAGGCUAUGAAGAUUGUAUGCUUUCCUUUACACCUUCAAGCUUGAAGGUUCGCGAAAGCAGUUUGGUGAUUGCAAAUGAUCUCAUCAUUGCUAAAGCCAAGGAAAUCCAUAAGUGUUUAGUGAAAGCUCUUGAUCUUAAUCAUCGAGAGGUAGAGUUUAUCAAAUGGGAAGCUCCCUCCCAUCCUUUUGUUAAAGUCAAUGUUGAUGGUUGCGCCAAGAAUAAUCCAGGACCUGCAAUGGGGGACUCAUUAGAAAUUAGAAUGGAGAAUGGAUCAUUGGAUUCAUGGAGAACCUAG